GAAGCUUUAGCUGUCAUUGAAUUUUUUUUCUUCUCUAUUAGAAUAACACUUUCCUUAUUUUCUUUUCUGCGAUGAUUGAUUCAUUCAGAUUUAACGAUUUGGUGAACCGAAUGGGUACCAUGAGGAACGAAGAACUCAAAGAGAUUGAGAAUCUCGACAGAGAGGACAUUGAAGAAGCUCCAGUUGGGCCUGAUGAUGUGAGUAGAAUAGCACCAUGGGCGAGACAGAUCACGAUUCGGGGGAUAAUAGCUAGCUUCAUUAUUGGAAUAAUUUAUAGUGUGAUUGUGAUGAAGCUGAACCUAACAACUGGGUUAGUCCCCAAUCUCAAUGUCUCAGCUGCUCUACUUGGUUUUGUGUUUAUUCGAACUUGGACUAAGUUGCUUGGGAAAGCCAAGAUUGUUUCAACCCCAUUCACUAGACAGGAGAAUACCAUAAUCCAAACUUGUGCGGUUGCUUGCUAUAGCAUCGCGGUAGGAGGUGGUUUUGGGUCUUAUCUCUUGGGCUUGAAUAGGAGGACUUAUGAGCAAGCAGGGAUUGAUACAGAGGGGAAUACUCCUGAUAGUACCAAGGAGCCUGGAGUUGGUUGGAUGAUAGCCUUUCUCUUUGUGACCAGCUUUGUUGGGCUAUUGGCUUUGGUCCCCAUUAGAAAGAUCAUGAUAAUAGACUACAAGUUAACUUAUCCAAGUGGAACUGCUACUGCUGUUCUUAUUAACGGGUUCCAUACUGCUAAAGGAGAUGUGAUGGCCAGGAAGCAGGUUCAUGGUUUCAUGAAAUUCUUCUCACUUAGUUUCCUUUGGGCUUUCUUUCAAUGGUUCUAUACUGCUGGAGAUAAUUGUGGCUUUGUUCAGUUUCCCACUUUUGGAUUGAAAGCAUGGAAAAACUCAUUUUACUUCGAUUUCAGCAUGACUUAUGUUGGAGCAGGAAUGAUUUGCUCCCAUCUUGUAAAUUUAUCCUUGCUUCUUGGUGCUGUGAUUUCAUGGGGCAUUAUGUGGCCGUUAAUCGGGAGAGAAAAAGGAGAAUGGUUCCCUGCAAAUAUACCAGAGAGUAGCAUGAAGAGCCUUAAUGGUUAUAAGGUUUUUAUUUCCAUUGCCUUAAUUCUUGGUGAUGGGCUUUACAAUUUUGUCAAAGUUCUCUAUUUCACUUCCACAAAUAUCCAUGCCACAAUGAAAAGGAAGAACCUUAGUACAUUUCCAGAUAACGAUAAACAGCUACCUAUUGAUGAUCUUAGACGAAAUGAAGUCUUUACAAGAGAAAGCAUUCCUCUAUGGUUGGCAUGCACAGGAUACAUAUUGUUCUCCAUCAUUUCCGCAGUUGGAAUCCCUUUGAUGUUCCCCCAGUUGAAGUGGUAUUAUGUGGUGUUUGCCUAUCUUCUUGCACCCACUCUUGGCUUCUGCAAUGCUUAUGGCGCAGGCUUAACUGACAUGAACAUGGCCUAUAACUAUGGGAAAGUGGCUCUCUUUGUUCUUGCAGCCUUGAGUGGAAAAAAUGAUGGUGUAGUUGCUGGACUAGUGGGAUGUGGCCUGAUUAAAUCUAUUGUUUCAAUUUCAUCUGAUUUGAUGCAUGAUUUCAAGACUGGCCACCUCACUCUCACUUCCCCUCGUUCAAUGCUUAUAAGUCAAGCUAUUGGAACAGCAAUAGGUUGUAUUGUUGCUCCUCUCACAUUCUUCCUUUUUUACAAGGCUUUUGAUGUGGGGAAUCCAGAUGGUAAUUACAAGGCCCCAUAUGCCAUCAUAUAUAGAAACAUGGCAAUCCUAGGUGUGGAAGGCUUUUCUGCCCUUCCCCAUCAUUGCUUGCAACUCUGUUAUGGAUUUUUUGCAUUUGCCAUAGCAGCCAACUUGGUCAGAGAUUUAACCCCAAAAAAGGUUGGGAGAUGGAUUCCACUUCCAAUGGCAAUGGCUGUGCCUUUCAUAGUUGGUGGUUACUUUGCCAUUGAUAUGUGUGUGGGUAGUUUGGUUGUGUUUGCUUGGCACACAAUAAACAGCAGUGAGGCAGGUUUGAUGGUUCCUGCAGUUGCUUCUGGUUUGAUUUGUGGAGAUGGAUUAUGGAUUCUUCCUUCAUCCAUUCUUGCUUUGUUUAAGGUUCGUCCUCCAAUCUGCAUGAGCUUCUUGACAGCCAAGUAGAAGUUGGCAAUAACAACAUUCACAUGUGGAGAUCAGAGGAAAUAGAUGUAGUCAAAUUACUACCUAAGGUAAUUAUAGGCAUAAUGUCGUAGGAGGCUUGCUUGUUACUUGUAAGCAAUUUCAUGCAUAAAGAUGCAGCUCUUAGAAUAUAGAGUGAUAUUUAAAUCCAGCUAAAAUGGCUAGGAAGAAUAAGUAUAAUAAUAUACGCAGAAAUAU